AUGGAUGCAUACUAUUCAUCACCAUCAUAUUAUUAUCAACCAUCAUGUCCUCUUCAUGAUUCAUAUGUUGAUCCUUAUUCUUCAUAUCCAACACAAUCAACCCCAUCACAUCCAACUUCAUCAUAUUACUAUCCAUCUUAUACUGAUCAAUCACCAUCACCACAAAUUGUUCUUUAUAAUAAUUCAACGACAAAUAUUUAUGCUCAACCAACACCUCCUGUACAAGCUAUACAAUCAACACCUGUACUUAAUACAACUUUUGAAUUAGCUCCUCCAGUAGGUCGCCGUCGUCGUCAACGUACUAUAUUUUCAAAAGAUCAAGUUGAUAUACUCGAUCAAGUAUUUGAAAAAAAUCCAUAUCCUGAUAUUCAACUUCGUGAACAACUUUCUCAACGAUUAGAUGUACCUGAAGCUCGUAUACAAGUCUGGUUCAAAAAUCGUCGUAGUCGUUCUCGAACAACAAAUAAAACAAAAUAUUAA